GAAGUAGUGGUGGGCGGGCUGUAUUACGGGUGUGGGCCAGCGCCGGCCCGCAGGGUUUAGUCUGCUUUUGUCCUCCGCCCCCGGAGCAUGGAGGUCCUAGGAACUCUCCCCAAUGGCGGGCUCUUCUACUGGGUCGGGGUGCUGAGCGCAGUGUACUUCGUCGUGCGGGCCACCUACCGCCUGCUGGCCGGGCUCCGCGUCUGGGUGCUGGGCAGCCCGUUGGUGGUGGGCCCGGGGCUGGGCGCCUGGGCAGUUGUCACGGGAGCUACUGAUGGAAUUGGAAAAGCCUAUGCAGAAGAGCUAGCAAAGCAUGGAAUGAAUGUGGCUCUUAUCAGCAGAUCUCAAGAAAAACUAGAACAGGUUGCCAGUGAAAUAAAAGAGAAAUUCAAAGUGGAAACAAAAAUGAUUGCUGCUGACUUUAGUGAGAGAGAAGAUAUUUACAGUAGAAUUAAAGCAGGACUGGAAGGCCUUGAGAUUGGUGUUUUAGUCAACAAUGUGGGGAUUUCAUACACUUACCCUGAAUAUUUUCUUGAUGUUCCAGACCUGGAUAAUACAAUCAAUAAAAUGAUAAACAUUAACAUCAUGUCUGUUUGCAAGAUGACACGAUUGGUGCUACCCGGCAUGGUGGAAAGAUCUACAGGAAUAAUCCUGAAUAUCUCUUCAGCUGCUGGCAUGUAUCCAUCUCCACUGCUCACUCUGUACUCAGCAACCAAGGCUUUUGUGGAUUUCUUCUCUCGAGGCCUCCAUGUGGAGUACAAGAGCAAGGGCAUCAUUGUACAGAGUGUUCUACCGUAUUUUGUGGCUACAAAAAUGUCUAAAAUCCGGAAACCAACCUUCGAUAAGCCCAGUCCGGAAACGUACGUAAGAGCUGCCAUCUGCACAGUAGGCCUGCAGUCCCGGACCAACGGAUGUCUGCCCCAUGCCAUUUCUGGCUGGAUCUGUUCUCUUCUUCCCACCUCAGUAGUCAUCAACUUGACAAUGCAAAAACACCAGCAAUUUCGAGCUCGCUACUUAAAGAAAGUGAAGGAAAACUAAGUUGCAGCAACUUGAUCAGAUGUUUUGACACAUGGUGGCUCAGUACCCACAAUUCAGCACCAAAUAGAAUUAAUCACAUUUAAAAUCUUCUCUUGUCGUUUUUACUUUUUAAUGGGACCAAACACCAAUUUAGGGUGGGAUUAUGAUAUAACAUGACUUCUUUCCGGCCUCAAUUUUCCAAUGUUGAUUUCAAAAUAUGCUUGAUUUGUUGCUCAUAUGUGAAUAUGGGAUAUUAGCUGGAUUUAAUCAUUAGCUGUAUGUAAUGUAUUUAUACCAAUGAAUAAGGAAUUGUAACCCAAUGCAAGUAGCUUGGUGUUAAAAGAAAAAAUUCACAAUAAAGCAAGCGAAAGUGCUACAUUAUUGAAGUCAGAUGGCCUGCGCGUAGUUAAAAAGAAAAAUGGAAGUUGAUUGGCCAUCACUUUAAUGUUUUCAUUCUGGAAACGACCAGUUAUAUAACCUCCACCUGUUUCCUGUAUUGUGCAUGUUUGGGUGAAGGGAGGAAUGGUGGCAGUUUGUCUUUCAGGUAUACUGCUGGGAGAAAACGUGGUUAUUUAAAAAGGCAAGCUAAUGUUCAGUGAUGUAACCACUCCCAAGGUCAGCUUCAGAGCGCUUGCUAGGAUGCUAUAUGGCUAGUCUUCUAGUGAUGUCUCCCCAUGUUUCACUUAACAAGCUGUAUGUGCAUUGGGACACUGGGGAGAAGUAUGUGUAACUUCCCCUGGGUGGAGCUGCCUGGCUGCUAUGUAUGAGUCUCCAAUAAAACCAUUUCCAGGCUAGUGUCAAGUGAACUCAAGUGAGAAAGACCACCUAUUUUUAGUUAUUUUUGGUUUUACAUCCUAAAAGACCACUCAGAGCUUUCAUCUAGUGUACUGAAACAGAUUCUUGAACCAACAUUUGAGUGUUUAUGUGUAAAUUAGAAGGAUGUACUGUAAUCUGUUUUAUGAAGUGGAGGGAAGUGAGCCAAAGUACACAAUGGGAGUGAUUGCUAUAUAUAUAUAUAUAAACAUCCUAAAACAGCAAUUGUUUAAAUUCUUGCAUCUUGAAUAUUAAUGCUAACUUUUCAAAAUAUAUUAUCUUCUGGAAUUGUAAUGAUCUCUUUAAAAGAUGCCUGCUGUAAUCUGUAGACAGUGUUAGCACAAUAUAGAUAAAUGCUACCAGUUACAUGCUGCUUGUUGGUUGAUCUGUAAAACACAGUAUUGGUUCUUGAAAUUCAGUGCUGUCUUUGUUAGGGCUGAUGGUUAAACUCUUUUUCUGGCACAUGCACCAGUCUGUUCUCCGCUGUGGGCCUGCUGAUAUAAGAAGCUGAAUCUUUGAAAUCAACGUCUAAAAAUGAAUAUGCAAAUUAAAAACAAUAAAUGAAUUUAAAUGUAGAGAAACUGCA